AAUGCGGUUCCUCGUUUUGCACUCUACCGAUUUACUCUGGUUUUGUCCCCUUUUGGCACCUUCGUUUUCAUAGCUGCAUUGCAUUUAUGAGCGUGACUCGGUGGAUGCGGAGAGAGAGUGCGUUGCGGUGUGUGAUGUGACGAUCAUUCUUAAUGCUUCCUUCUCUCUUCAUUCAUUAUCAAUUAAUGCCAUGCACUUAGCGUGGUUGGUUAUAGGGACUUGCUGUUCAUGGAGUGGGAUCUGUGGAGUUCGACGUAUGACCAAGAUGCAACUGGUAGUAAUUACUGGUCACCGCAACAUGAAUGUGACUUCUACUUUGGGUGUGGCCCAGAUGUUAUAGAGGAGGACGCGUUGAACAUGGAAUCCUGUAUUCGGGUUUUGAGAAUAUUGGUCACCAAGGCGGAUACUGAGAUUGAGGAACUUGAAAGAGAUCUCUUGUUACUUCAGAAAGAGUUGGCCUGUUUUGAGCAUGAAAAAUGGCCUGAUAUAUGCUGUGGUGUUCUCAGUGAGAGAAUCAACCAGCUUGAUGUGGCGAUCAGGACUUUAAAGAAUGAUUGUGCUGAUGAGGCUGAAGUGCAGUUACUGCUAGAUAGUGAACCUGCUGGGACACUUCAUGAAAUACUAGCCCAGUAUCUAGAUGUGAAUGUCUUGAGUCCAGUUGUGAAUGUUACUGAACAUGCACCAGACAAAGAUUCUAGCACCGUUGAUUCUAAUAUGAUCAUUAAGGAGGAAGGAAAAGAUCUCCAUGGAAGCUUGGAACUUCUUUUGGAGCUUCAAAAGAAGUCAGAUAAUCCUGAAAAGAUUGAGGAAUUGUCUGAAGAAACACUUGUUAGAAAUCCUGGUUUGGGGGGCAUUAUCCUUGCAUCCUGCCACUCUGGUGGUAUGAAAUUAUCAGAAACAUUUGAUGAUCAAGUUGCUGGAAAUGAAGUCAGAAAAAGCCAGCUCAUUAAUACAAAUACAGGUCAAAUGUUGGAUUUGAUUUCGGCCAAAAGUGAAGCCAAGAAAGAAAAUGAACUUGUCAGAGAAAAAGAUGUUAGCCCGGAUGAAUUUAGACCUGCAAUUGACAUCAAUGGAAAGAAAACGGGUCCACAUUCCAUAUUAGAUACUUCACAACGACAAAAACGAGCAAAAUCUAAUUUAGACAAAGAGCCAUGUGAUUUUUCUCCAAAAGCUGCACAGAGAGACUGCAAGAAAGAACCCAAGGUUGCUCCGGACGAAGAUUUGAACUCCCUGAAUUUCCCUUUACAAGUUGUUUAUCCUAAAACAUUAUGUAUCACUGAUACAGAAUUUUGCUCCGUUAAAGAUAGCAACGGGAUGCAUACCAAGAGUUCAUUGUAUGCUGGGUUACAACUGAUGGAUGUAGAUGAAGAUAAAGGGGAAGAACAUGAACAAGACCUUAAAUCCCAACUUACUACUAACCUCAGAAAGUCCAACAUGAGUUUCCCUUCAAAGCUUAAAGCUUCGGAAAAGCAGGAACUGGAACUAGAGGCAUUUUCUUCCGGAGAACCAUUUGACAGUUGUACGGAAGUUAUUCCAACUGCAUCCAUAGCUGUAUCAAGCAAGAGGCAGCGAAGAUCCAAAUCCUGUACUGAUGUUACCAUUUUAAACGAGUCAAUGAAGCGGAAAAUUAUUACUAAAGGGGCAGUGCAACCAGACAAGCAUGAGAGUGAAGGUCGUGCUAUUGUUCUUUACGACAGUAAAUUUUCUGAAUUACAAAAGAAAAAAAGAGUUAAAAAGUUGCCUAUCACCGUGGACAUUCAAAAUUCAAGUGUUAAUUUGGACGUACCAAAUUCGGACGAGGUUUCUAUGGACAAAAAAAGCAAGUUAGCUCCUCGUACUCACAAGUCACAUUCCUUGGUGGAUUCCCAUGAUGAGACCUCAUCUUUGAAUAGCUUGUCAUUGACUGAUUUGAGGGCCAUGGGAAAGGAACACAAUGUAAGAAAGUACUAUAAGCUUCGAAAAGUAGAUUUGGUUGAACAGUUAUCUCAGCGACUGAGUAGCUGCUGAACUUACUGGUAUUAACCCAUUUCUGUUCUGCCUUACUUGUUUGGGUUUCUCUUGGUUGGUUAGGUCCAGGGCUUCCCUGUAAUUUGGUAUAGGAUCCUGACAUAGUCAUGAAUGAUAGAUAGGCAUCAAAAAUGGUUUUUGCAAUAGGAUAUUGUACAGCCUAUAGAUAGAAUUCUUAGGGUACUUUGUAAAUGAAAGGAAGUAUAGGUUUUCUUCCUUGAAGCUAGUUACUCCUAUAGGAGACUUAAAACUUAACGUUGUGCACCAUUCACUGUGCUGCUGAGAUCCAUCGUGAAAUAUGAAGUGCACCAUUCAGUUUCUACUUUUUCCCCAAUUCUUUUU